AUGACUAUGAUGCAGAUCGGCGGUCCUCCAGAGGUCAUUUUGUACCGUACGGGAGAACCGAUGGGCGUAAUAGCAAAGGGUUUCAGUCAUCGGAUAGAUCCUAGCCAGAGAGAUCCCAAUUUAUGUUGUGAAUACCAUGGGACUCACGGCCACAGAACCGGGGACUGCCGACAUCUUCGCGAAGAGGUGGAGACAUUGUUGAAGAAUGGCCAUCUUGGGGAGUUUUUAAGUGACCGAGCCAAGAACAACUAUGGCCGAAGCCGAGACAAUGCAGAGCAUUCGAAGAUAGCAGAAGGGGCACCUCAGAUAACUAUCAAUAUGAUUUUUGGAGGAAACGAAGUCAAUGGGGUAACCUUUUCAUCAACAGAGAAAAUAAAGAUAUCGGUGACUCACAACAAGAGACUCCGGAAAGUCAUGGAAGAUGAUAUCACCUUCACGGAGGAGGAUGCUGGCGGACUUCUUCUGCCACAGAACGACACUUUAGUAAUCUCUCUCAAUAUUUUAGAUUUCAAAAUUAAGCAUGUUCUGGUUGAUCCAGGAAGUUAA